UCUUCAGCGAACGGCGCAGAUGCGAAGACUCCGAAAUACAUCGCCGUCUCAACGUUCCGACAGUGGGCGGAAAGCAACGGUGCGGACGCGAAGGACGCUUGUGCCAGACGUCUUUUUGCACUCCACCGUGAAGUUUGCGUGCUUCGAACGUAUUAUACCGGCUUUUAUUCGUAACAGCGAUGAAGUUUCCAUCCGUGCAGGUAGUUCUUAGCAGCUUAGUUCUUGUUGCUGCUGCCCAGAUACAACUGUGUCCUCAUCAAGCAAGCCUCACAGAGGAACUUCGAAACUGUCACGGCAGAGAGCUCAGCAGCAACGACGCGUUCAACACGCUGUCGGAGUUCAGCAAGAGAUACGAGGAUUAUUGCGCUCACAAGAUGGCGCCGGAUACGUCGGCCGCUGAGCUGUUCGCGCAACGAUGUGCGGACAAGAACUUCAACAGCUUGUUUUACCGGUGCUGGGCGGACAUGCUGAGUGCAGACUAUACAUUGAAUUCGGCGGGAAUCGACAGCACUGACUUAGCUGCAUUCAAGAAGUCAUUAGAUUGCCAAUUUCACGUCUUGGGUAUAGAAGCCUAGUCAGUACAUCUCACCCACACGGAAAGAAGUGAAAAGGCCAGUCACCUGUUACAAUUUGUCAUUUUUUUGCCUUGUCGGUGCAACUUUCAAUAAAGGUUCUGUUGUA